CGCAAAAUGAAAAAAGUCAUCCUUUUUUCUUUCAUCUUUGUUCUCAUUUCCUCUGUCAUUGCACAUCAUGUCUGAAAAGUCUGUCAUUCUCGUCACCGGUGGUACUGGUCUCGUCGGCAAGGCCAUUCAGUGGGUUGUUGAGAACGACUCCACGUACGGCAAGCGUGAGGGCGAGGAGUGGGUCUACCUUAGCUCCAAGGAUGGAAACUUGAUUGAUCCUGCUGCCACUAAGGCUAUCUUUGAGAAGUAUCGCCCUACUCACAUCAUUCACCUUGCCGCCAAGGUUGGAGGACUCUUCGGUAAUAUGGCUGCCAACCUUGACUACUUCCGUGACAACUUGUUGAUCAACGACAACAUCCUUCACCACGCAAAGGAAUUCGGCGUUAAGAAGGUCGUCUCUUGCUUGUCCACCUGCAUCUUUCCCGACAAGACCACAUAUCCCAUCGAUGAGACCAUGGUCCACCUCGGACCUCCUCACGAUUCCAACUAUGGUUAUUCCCACUCCAAGCGCAUGGUCGACGUCAUGAACCGUGCUUACCACGACCAGUAUGGUUGCAACUUCACCUCUGUUAUUCCCACUAACGUCUUUGGGCCCCACGACAACUUCCACUUGGUUAACUCUCACGUCAUCCCUGGUUUGAUUCACAAGUGCUAUUUGGCCCAGCAGAACGGUACCCCUUUCAUCAUGGCUGGUACCGGUCGUCCCCUCCGCCAGUUCAUCUACUCGCGUGAUCUUGCCAAGCUCUUCAUCUGGACCCUUCGCGAGUACAAGGAGAUCACUCCUCUUAUUCUUUCUGUCCCUGAGGAGGAAGAGGUUUCGAUCAAGCAGCUUGGUGACGCGAUCGUCAAGGCCAUGGGCUACACUGGCGAGUACCGCUUUGAUACUUCCAAGGCUGAUGGUCAAUAUAAGAAGACUGCCUCAAAUAAGAAGUUGAUGAGUCUUAAUCCCGACUUCAAGUUCACACCCUUCGAAGUUGCCCUCAAUGAGACAGUCGAGUGGUUCAAGGAGAACGUUGACAGCAUCCGCAAGUAAAUAUUAUCAAAAUAAUAAGAAAAAAGAAACAAGAAAAGGAUAGGCACUUUCCUUUGUUUAUAAAUAACAAUCACCAUCUAUAUAUUACAUUCAAAUUAAAGAAAAAAAUAAAAAAGUAAAGCAAAAAACUCUGAUUUUCGUC